UCUGUGAGCAUCUCCGAGGACAGCCCUGUUGGACGUCGAAUUGCUCUGGUUUUGGCCAGAGAUCCCGAUGCAGGGAACAAUGGACAGGUUGUUUUUUCACUGGUAUUGGGAAACAUAGGCAGGGCUUUUGAAAUCCGUACAACCAACAGCACCUAUGGAGAAGUAUUUGUGGCAAGGCCUUUGGACCGGGAACUAAUAGAACGCUACACCUUACAGAUUCAAGCAGCAGACCGAGGUGUCCCUGCUCGCAGGAAAGAACACACUUUAAGAGUCAACAUUCUGGAUGUUAAUGAUAAUUCUCCAGUCAUUAUCAACCAACAUGGAUACAAUGUUAGCAUUAACGAGAACGUGGGUGGAGGGACUGCUGUGGCUCAGGUACGAGCAACCGACAGGGACAGUGGCCUCAAUAGUGCCCUCUCCUACUACAUCGUCCAUGGCAAUGAAGAGUUGACCUUCCGCAUGGACAGAGUGACUGGAGAAAUCUCCACCCGCCCUUCCCCUCCAGACCGCGAACGACAACAGUUCUAUCAGCUGGUGGUCACUGUGGAGGAUGAAGGCAACCCAGCGCUCUCGGCUACAACUACAGUCUAUGUUACCAUCCUGGAUGAGAAUGAUAAUCCUCCAGUAUUCCAGCAACAGCAGUAUGAAGUCACUUUGGAUGAAGGUCCAGGCACAUGGAAUGCCGUUCUUAUCACCAUCAGUGCUAUGGAUCAGGAUGAAGGCUUGAAUGGGACCAUUACAUACGCCAUCACAGAGGGAAACAUCAUGAACACCUUUCACAUCAACAGCACUACAGGACAAAUACGUACCAUGAAAGAAUUGGAUUACGAAAUCAGCCAUGGGCGUUAUACACUAUUAAUCACAGCCACAGACCAGUGUCCGAUUCCAUCACGGCGUCUCACAUCUACUACAAUGGUAUGUUUUUCUUCUGAGAAAGAAUGA